AUGUUCAAUGGCAGUCUCGUUGGCUAUUUUAGGGGUGCUCGGGGUGUCAGGCAGGGUGACCCACUUUCACCUUACCUCUUUGUACUCGCCAUGAAUGUUUUAUCAAAUUUUUUGAAUGUGUCUGCUCUUAAGGGAAUUUUCAAAUUCCAUCCCAAAUGUAAAAUGAUAGGCUUAACCCACCUCUGUUUUGCGGAUGACCUUCUCAUUUUCUGCAAAGCCUCCAUUGACUCUAUUAUUGGUGUGCAAACUGUGCUGGAUGAUUUCUACUCUAUUUCCGGGCUAAAACUAAAUGUUAGCAAAUGUGAGAUGUUUUUUGCUGGGUUAUCUGUUGUGCAUUGCAGGGAUAUAAGUGAGUUUCCAGGAUUUAAAAUAGGGAAGCUCCAUGUUAGAUACUUGGGUAUCCCUUUGGUGACAAAAAAACUUAAUGAGAUGGACUAUCAGCCUCUUAUUGAUAAAAUAAGGGCGCGACUGAACCUUUGGGUUAACAAGCAUUUGAGCUUUGCUAGCAAACUUCAACUGGGAUAUGAUUUACCUGCGAAGGGAGCUCGGGUGAGUUGGAAACAGAUUUGCCUUCUGAAGUAUGAAGGGGGUCUUAGGGUUAUUGAUAUCCUUGGCUGGAAGAAAGCUUGUGCUGUGAAACUGAUCAGGAUCUUGCUAGCGGAUGAGGGCUCCUUAUGGGUGGCGUGGAUUCAUUCCUAUGUAAUUAAAAGCUCUAAUAUCUGGAAGAUGAAUUCACCUUCAAAUGCCAACUGGAACUUCAGGAAGUUGUUGAAGUUAAGGCCUUCUAUUCAUCAUUUAUUUACUGGACGAGACAAAGAACUUAGCACAAGGCAGAUUUGGGAGGACAUUCGUACCAUGGCACAGAAGGUUGUAUGGCACCACCUGGUUUGGUUCUCUGGGCGUAUCCCUAAGCACAAUAUAAUCCUAUGGAUGACCAUCUUGGAUACGCUCCCUACCCAGGUGAGGCUUCUGCGGAUGGGAUUAGUUGUUGAUAAUGACAGAUGCUUGUUUUGCAAUUUGGAGCCUGAGACUAGGAGUCACAUAUUCUUCGAGUGUGGUUAUGCGAAAAGUCUAUGGACGGCCAUUCUCCAACUUUGUGGUGUCAAUCGCAGUGCAUGCCACUGGGAUGACGAGUUAGCUUGGGUCACGCAUUGUUUUAAGGGUAAGUCUCUCAUCACGAGAGUUUUAAAGCUCGCUUUGUCGAGUUAUGUGUAUGGCAUUUGGAGAGAGAGAGGAAUGGUAGGCUGUUUGGGGGAAAAGCCAAGCUGUGGAACGAAAUCCUAG